AUGGCUAAAAGUGUGACAAAUAAUUUUCUAAUCGAUGGAUUUCCACGUAAUAAAGAUAAUGUUGACGAUUGGAAUAAAGAUAUGGGUGAUGGAAAAGUAAAUUUACAGUGUGUGCUGUUCUUUGAUUGUAACGAAGAGAUUACUAUUCAACGGUGUCUUGAACGUGGAAAAAGUAGUGGACGAAGUGAUGAUAAUGCUGAAAGUUUAAAGAAACGCAUUCGAACUUACAAUGAAUCAACGCGUCCUAUCAUUGAUAUGUAUACUAAACAGAAUUUAGUGAAAACAAUUAAUGCAUCAAGAGAUGUAGAGACGGUAUUCAAGGAUGUUCAAAAAUUAUUUGAUGAAUUCCGUCAGCAGCGUUGA